CCCCCCCCUGCCGAAAACAUGGAAAGGAUGAGCGACUCGGCAGAUAAGCCGAUUGACAAUGAUGCAGAGGGGGUCUGGAGUCCUGACAUCGAGCAGAGCUUUCAGGAGGCCCUGGCUAUCUAUCCACCAUGUGGGAGGAGGAAAAUCAUCUUAUCAGACGAAGGCAAAAUGUAUGGUAGAAAUGAAUUGAUAGCCAGAUACAUCAAACUCAGAACAGGGAAGACAAGGACCAGGAAGCAGGUGUCUAGUCAUAUACAGGUCUUAGCAAGAAAGAAAGUUCGAGAAAUUCAAGCCGCCAUUAAGGUGUCUAGUCACAUUCAGGUUCUUGCCAGAAGGAAAUCUCGUGAUUUUCAUUCCAAGCUAAAGGUAACAAGCAUGGAUCAGACUGCCAAGGACAAGGCCUUACAGCACAUGGCUGCCAUGUCAUCAGCCCAGAUCGUCUCGGCUACUGCCAUCCAUAACAAGCUGGGGCUGCCUGGGAUUCCACGCCCCACCUUCCCAGGGGCACCGGGGUUCUGGCCUGGAAUGAUACAGACAGGACAGCCAGGAUCCUCUCAAGACGUCAAGCCCUUUGUGCAGCAGGCCUACCCCAUCCAGCCAGCAGUCACAGCCCCCAUUCCAGGGUUUGAGCCUGCAUCAGCCCCAGCUCCCUCGGUUCCUGCCUGGCAGGGCCGUUCCAUUGGCACAACCAAGCUUCGCCUGGUGGAAUUUUCAGCUUUCCUUGAACAGCAGAGAGACCCAGACUCGUACAACAAACACCUCUUCGUGCACAUCGGGCAUGCCAACCAUUCUUACAGUGACCCGUUGCUUGAAUCUGUGGACAUUCGUCAGAUAUAUGACAAAUUUCCUGAAAAGAAAGGUGGCUUAAAGGAACUGUUUGGAAAGGGCCCUCAAAACGCCUUCUUCCUCGUAAAAUUCUGGGCGGACUUAAACUGCAAUAUCCAAGAUGAUGCCGGGGCUUUUUAUGGUGUGAGCAGUCAGUACGAGAGCUCUGAAAACAUGACGGUUACCUGUUCCACCAAAGUGUGCUCCUUUGGGAAACAAGUAGUAGAAAAAGUAGAGACGGAGUAUGCAAGGUUCGAAAAUGGCCGAUUUGUGUACCGAAUAAACCGCUCACCAAUGUGUGAAUAUAUGAUCAACUUCAUCCACAAGCUCAAACACCUACCAGAGAAAUAUAUGAUGAACAGUGUUUUGGAAAACUUCACCAUUUUAUUGGUGGUAACAAACAGGGAUACACAAGAAACUCUCCUCUGCAUGGCCUGUGUAUUUGAAGUUUCAAAUAGUGAACAUGGAGCACAGCAUCAUAUCUACAGGCUUGUAAAGGACUGAACCUGGUUAUUUAUAAAUAUAGAUAUCUGUAUAUACACACACAUAUGUGCACACACACACUCGCUCCAUUAUUGAACGACUGACUGUAAACCUCACCACGGGUGAUGCCCUGGGCAAAGUGAUGCCCAGGUCACACCCUGACUUUUCUAAAUCCUGUUUGAGUGAACUUAUUAUUAUUUUUUUCAUGUGUUCAUGCUAUCAUUGUAGCUGUGAAGUUGUGAUACAGUUUUUGUGUAUUCCUCAGAUCUGCAACCCACAAUUCCUUGGGGAAGGUGAAUCUUACCAGGCUAAAUCUCUCUCUCUCUCUGCAGACCUGUUUCCUGUUGUGGUAUAAAAUAAUGAGACAGAGGAUUGGCCAUGGGGCAUUGACUGCCUUUAUACAAAUGUAUUUAGUUCUUUUUUGUUUGUUUGUUUUUCCAACAUAAAAUUCUUGUUUUAAGAUACAAGUAAAAUUAAUCUUUAAAUGUAAAUUAGUACAAGAAAACUAAGAUUCUUUAGACUUAUCUUUGUAACUAAUUAGGAUGGAAGUUAUGGAAGAAUGUAAUUCACUAAAUUAUUUUUUAAAUGAAAUCUUUUUUCUUUUUAAAACCAAAUGUUAAACUAUAGCCUUAAGAAAUACUUGGUAGGAAUAUCCUAAUGAGACAAAUUUUGUACCUUUUCCCCCCUCAAAGUUAAAACUAAUAUCCUAAUUCAUUAAACUCUUGAAACAGGUGUUGCAAAGGAAGAAAAUGUCACCCCUUAUCCUUAACAUAUAUAGUAUAUUUAAAAAUGUAAAAUUGUAUUGUACUAAUGUGAUAAUUGAUUAUUUAAUGAAAAAGAAAAGAUGGCUCUUUUUGCAAUAAGUAGAUAAUACUGAAACAAAUCUAAGCUUACAAUGUUAUAGUCUUGUGUGUGCAGUUACAUUUUAUAUGGUCAACCAAAUUUUUUUUUAUGGAAAAGAGUUCACAUUUGAACCACUGAAAUUUAACAGCAAAAUUUUUAAAUUGGCAUGAAUACUGCACUGUGAGUUGCAAAGGAUGCAGAAUCCUGUGGCUGGGAGAAAAUUGUCAUCAUCUGAACAAGUGUAAGGCUCAUCAGGCUUGGUGUCUCUGUUCCCCAUAACUGUCACUGUCACACAGCCCCCUCACCAGCCUGUGGGUAGUUGGUUGCUGGUAACCCAAUGUGCAUGGGAAGCAUCAGUGUUCAUUCACAUGUGGGUAUUCAGUUCUUUGAACUCCUGUCUCCUGUCAGUUUGCUAGUUGCUCACCACCUCUCUCUUGGUCUGCAUUAUAGACACGGAUGUAUUUUCUCUAAGGGCAUCUCUUGACAUCUCUUCAUAAACCUCAGUGGUAAUUUAUGUUCUCUUUCACUCACCACCCCCCCACUCUGAUUGUUUUUCAAGCAGACUUCCUCAUCUAGUAAGUUCUGUUUCCAAGAGAGAUUACACAUCUCUGAUCUGAGUAUUCCAAAGCAUUGCCCAGUAGAGUUGGUCUGAUGUGGCCAGUCUGGGGUUACUUCCCUGAGUGCUUUCUCAUCAGGGAAGCAAGAAAGGUUACUGCUUCACUUCAGGGGAAUGUAAGAGGAAAGUAAGCAUACGCACCCACACACCCACACGUGCACCCACACACAGGAAUACGUGAACACAAUAGAACAUGACAAAGUUUUUAAAUAAAUUAAAAAAAAAGGCAGCAUGGCAAAAUUUUUUCAUACCAAGGCUAUCAAGUAAAAUCCUACUUCUGCUGUAUCCAGGUGACACACAUCCCUUCUUUGCCCCAACAUCUGCUCUGACUGUGCUUAUAUUGUAUUCAGCAACUUGUGGUCUUCAGUGGUUGGGCGUGGCUGGCAUGUAGCUAAAGGAACCACACUGGACUGACUGUCUCCUCCCAGCUGCAUCCCUGGUCCCUGGGAAGACCUGAGGAGAAUGUACAAGACUUUGUCAUUAGCAAUGUGUCUCCCUUAUGUGAAUCAGUGGGGCAUUGUUUUUCUCUUCAGGAAAACUGCCUUGAUUCCCUGGUUCUAAGCCAGCACUCAAAAGAAUGGCUACCCUGGGUUUCUCCCUGUCUCUCUGUAUUGGGAUCAGAUGUUUAAGGAUCUCUCCUUAAGGGAUGCCAUUAGUUCAUCCCUUAGGGGUGUUCCUUUAGCUUCAAUUUCCUACAUCUUUCCUCUAGAGGAAUGCCCUACUGUCUUGAGACCAGGACUAUAUGAAUGGGUACAAAUGAUCUUCUGUGUUUACAGGCCAGGCCAUCCCAGAAUGUGAUGGGGGAGAGAUCUGCCACUUAGGAGUGGAGUUUUGUUUCCCAAGUAUAGUGGUUGGCAGUGGGGAGGGUAUGACUUUACAGAAUUAGGAUGCUAUCUCUGUUGCCUCACUGUGUGGUCUUCUUCAAAAUGCCUUUCUGGAGGUAGGGGUGGGGUGGGGAUUAGGAAUGACCCUGAUUUACUUUUUGCUCUUAAAACAGCUAUAAAAUCCUUUAAUAUAUAUUCAACCCCUAUUCUUCCUCCUAACUUAUUUCCAUCCCCAUAUCUCCACCCCUUUCAACUUCUUGUUCUUUAAAAAAAGAAAAUAACUGUCAUCUUAGUUAGGAUUAUCAUUGGUAAGAUGAAACACCAUGACAAAAAGAAAAAAAAAUCCAAAACAAACAAGAAAAAACAAACAAACAAACAAAAAACAAGUUGGGGAGUAAAGGGUUUAUUUGGCUUACAUUUCCACAUCAUAGUCCAUCACCAAAGGAAGUUAGGAAGGAACCUGAGACCAGGAAUUAAUACAGAGACUGAAGCAAUGCAGCUUACUGGCUUGCUCCUCAUGGCUUGUUCAGCCUGCUUUCUUAUGGAAGCCAGGACCAGAAGCCCAAUGAUGAUACCAUCCACAAUGUUCCCUCAAUUAUCACUAAUUAAGAAAAUGCCCUACAGGCCUGCCUAGAGCCCUUCCUCCCUGCCCCUCUCUCUUUCGAGACAGGGUUUCUCUGUGUAACAGCCCGGGCUGUUCUGAUACUAACUCUGUAGACCAGGCUGGCCUCGAACACACAGAGAUCUGCCUCCCUCUGCUUCUUGAGUGUUGGGAUUAAAGGCGUGUACCACCACUACCUGGCUCUAUAGCCAUUUAUUAUGGAGACAUGUUCUCAAUUGGGGUUCCUUUCUCUCAGAUAACUAUAGCUUGUGUUAAGUUGACACAAAAUUAGCCAGAACACCCACCAUGCCAAAUUUGUGCUGCCCAUGUACUCAAGGGUGUGUGGACAUCUUUUGGAACGUGGUUGGCCUACUGGGAACCACACUCUUAAAAGAAAACUGGCUUCCCCUACCCUAAAAACCAUCAUCUGUCAGUAGCUCCUCAACCUUGGGGUAAAGGCUCAUGAGCCCCUUCCACCCUCAGUGCUGGGGUUUGACCAGCUUGUUCUCAUAGCUGCUGUGAGUGUGAGCACAAUGGUCUCCUGUGUCCAGAAGAUACUGUUUUGCUCCUGUACACCCCAUCCCACCUCCUGCUCUUACAGUCUUUCUGCUGUCUUCAGUGUUGGUUGUUGUACAAUUUGUGAGGCUUCUAGGGUUUCCCUGUCUUAGUCAAUAACCCAGUUAUCCCAAACUUGCUUUAUUUCCCAAUUGGAACCCUUAGGUGGGGUUUGUGUCCUUACCUCUAAUCCUGACCUCUCAUCGUUCUCGGUUCCUUCUCUGCUCUUUCCAGCUAGCUCCUGCUGAGCCCUGCCUUCCCUCUUCUCUCGCCCUAUCCUUAGUGUUGUCUCACGGUGACUCUAGAACAGAUCUGUCAGGGGCAUAUGUUGACAUCGUGAUAAGUCAGUGCAGAGUUUAGAAGCCAUCUAUCCAAUGAAAGAGACCUAAAUGUCCAGGGACCCCAGAGUCCAGCUAACUGGAGGCCAGGGACAUUUUUGGCUAGUUAAGUGGCCAUUACGCUAUGCAUUGUCAGAGGUUUUUAGAAUUCCUAGCCACUUUCACAGUUGUCACAGCCCAUUGCCCUUGGUUGUACAAUGUUCAACCUUAGUUGGAAAUGGCUGCCCUUUCUCUUACUUGUCCUUAGCAUUGAUAACCAGUUUUUCCUCACUCAUCCAGUGGUGUGAGGAUCAGGAAGGGCAGGUGGAUGGUAUUCUUGAGCGGCAUCCUUCUUCCUGUUAAGAGGUGUCUCCUGUACAGCCACCAUCUCUUUCCCUGCUUCUCUUUCUCUCACGUCUAGCCAGCACCCUCCCUGUAGUCAUCUGACUUCCAUUUAAAGAGCAUUUCUGAUUUGGCCUGUAGCCCUUACUUUACCAGGGCUUAAAAAGAAAAUCCCCCCAGAUUUGGUUCUUUCUCACAAGCUCCCCACUCUCUUCAUCAUUUGUUAGGGUGUGUUUCUUCCACACUGCUUCAUGCUGUCUGUUGUAACUCUUUCAGCUUUAGGAAUGGAGCAGGCCUGGUUCUGUUCCAGAAGGUGGCUCACAUUCAACACAAAAGAGAUCACAGUCCAUUCCCCUUCACCUGGAGGGGAUGAGAGAUUCCUGGUCCAAAGUCUCCCAGCUAGUUAGUCACAGACAAGGGUGAGGGCUUCUCUUUCUUUUUCAGCUUUUUCUGGGUGGAAGCCAUCUUUCCUUGGUGCUCUGUGCUUAAGUGAUCCCUGAGAAUGCAUGGACAGAUCCCCUGUAGCUGUCUGGGGACCACAGCAGAUGCCAAGUCUGAUGCGCCUCUUCACGUUCUUGGAGGACAGUUCUCCAGCCAUAGGCUUUGAGUCAAAUUUCUAUUUGCCACCCGUCCCAGCAGCAAAGUUCUGCUCACACACCAGCCAAAAUAGAACCUUUGCUGUUGAAAUUCCUCAAAGGACUUUUAGAUCCAGGCUUCAUUAGGCUUCAGUACCAUGGUGGCAAUAGCCACGUUUUUAUACAACCAUAAAUGAGUGAAGUCACAUGAUGGUCAGUUUUACAAACCAGGUACCUAUAAUUUAUAUAAUUUUGUAUAUGCUCUGGUGUACCACACCUGUCCUAAGGAAGGGUAGGAUAACUGUGUUGGUAUCCUCACUGUGACAUUAGGAGGAUGCUUGAGUUGCUGACUUCUGUGUUGAUGUUUCUGUGGCUAAGCCCUGCACGUGUCUUUUCCGAAAAGCCUUAAAUCUUGGAGAUGUCACGUUGUAGGGUGUCGGUGUGACAGGCUGCCUGGGAACCGUGAGCCCUUUUGUAAGCUGGAAGCAUUUCUCUUACUACUGUUACUUUUCGUUUUCUUUAAGGGAGUUUUCACUUCACAGCUGCCAAAGCCUCCCAGUGAAGCAGUGCCUUAGUAAUACCUUAGUAGCCGCCAGCCUUUUCUCAGGCCUGUUCUCGGUGUCCACUUGCUAAUUGGCCCAGUAUCCGAAGCAGGACAAGCCAAAACGGUUCUCAUUUUUGUUUCAAAAGCCCGUUUUUAAAUCUAGCUCUAUAGCUGAUGACUUGGUUUCAAACAACCUGAAUCAGAACCCAAGUCAGUCCUUUGACCAUGCUCUCACAUACGUAUCCAUACCAAAACUAAAGGCUGCAACUCCGCAGUUUAAUAUGAAGAGUGAAUUGUACUUUUCAUUGAUGCCUUUUUCAAUUCAUGACCAAAUACUUAGCUAUUUGUGAAUCUUCUGCACUCCAGCAUGAAAGUGCCUUUGGCUCCAGAUUCCAGCUUAGAAAGUGCCACCGUAAUAACGACAAUUUGUAGAGAGACCAAAAAUAUUUUGAGAUCACCAUAAUGCCUUUGGUUAACCGGGAUGAGUAACCAACCACAGGCCUCUAUUCAUGAGAGCACCAUGUGGUCCCUGCCUGCUGGGAGUCUGCCUGCCAGUGGGGACUCCACCACCACUCACCUAUAGCACAGUGCGGCAGCGGGGAACCCCACAAACUGUUGUGUCUGUGUGUGCCGACUCCCCUCCCCCGGCAUGUCCGUCAACUCGUCACCCAGCUCUGCAUCCCUGGGAAGGAACUCGCGCACAAGCACCUGAAUCCCGGCCAGUGGACAGACACCACGGCUUUGCCUUCUCCAUGUGUCCAUGUCCAGUCUGUGGAGACUUUCGUCCACUGGGACGACAGUGCGCACUUGCCUGCUUUACACAGUGAUACCAUUUGGUCGUUGGAAGCCUCACAUUAAGAUGACAGUGCAGAACAAAAAUUAAAAAUGGGUUCAUUAGGGUCAUUGCAGUUGAAGUGUCUUUAGACAGAUUUACUGGCUCCGGAUGUCCGAAUGUGCUGUGAGAGACUUCGAAAGAGCACAUUUGCAAUUCGGCAUUUUCAAGAAUGUUCUAGUCCUCAGAGAGCCAACUCUUUGAAGAAGUGUUAGCUUAGAGUAAAAUCUUUGUGCAUCUGGAAACCCCAUACAGUAAGGAAAAGGACAAAGGAGGCAAAAAGAAGCCAGGAAAGAAAUAAGGUCUUUUUCUUUUUUCCUUUUUCUUUUUUAAAAUUCCUUUGCUGAUAUAAGUGUAAAAGUAAAUGACAGACAACUUUGAAAGUUAGCCUCGAAACUCUUCCACGUAUGUUCGUUCUUUGUCCUUCCCUGAUGUCUAAGGAAUAGCCCCCCUGGGCUCUGAAAUUGCAGGAGUGGCUUGUAUCCACCCCAAGUUGUAUAAAAGCCCUGUUUUGUUUUGUUUUUAAAGAAAAUCAACUAUCAAAUGGAAAGGAUAAUUCCUUAGCACAGGUUAGAGUUAGUUGUUUGGUGUCUUGGACUCCUCCCUGGCAGGAACACACACCACAACUUGAAGAAAUUAGUCAAAUGUGUUUUCUUGUGCCUCCUUCUAGCCAUUGCUGUCUUGUUUGGUGGUAGUUGUCUCUCCUAAACUCUUUGCUUAUAUCCUUAAAUAUGAAGGUUUGUGUUUAAAAUGUACUGCAUUGCAAAGGGUAGGCCUCACUGAAGUCAUGUACCGUUGACUGAGAUAUCUGUAUUUAUUGCUCCUUCCUAACUUGUUUUCUCUGUGAAUCGGCAUUGGGUCCCUGUGCUCCACACUACGUCAUUUUAGGUAGAAGCAGCAUUUGUAUGUGUGUCCCCUCACCCUUGUUCAUACCAUGGGGUCAGAUCCCACUAGGCUCCAGCCUCGCUCAGCUUGGCCCUUGCCAGUUUUCACCAUGGACAUUCUGUUUCCCCUCUUUCUUAGAAAGGUGGGCAGAACCCCCCCCACACACACACACACAUAUACACAUACAUCCAUCAUUUUGGAAACCCUGUCCAUGAGUUUUGUGGUUUUGUUUUAAAAAUUAAUUGUUUUCUGUGAUUAGUUUCACUGUGUAAAAUAGAUAUUAACUGCACUUCUUUAGAAACAAAUGUACGUCUCCUGUUACCUCCUUGAAAGAUCAACUUCUCUAGGCCUUUUUCAGUGGGCUUAUGAUUUCAGACAAGGAAAAAAAAAACAGUAAAAAUGAAAACAGUACGUGCCUGAAAAAUCACAAAAAAAAAAAACUUUUUUUUUUUUUUUUUUGGUAAUGUUUAAAAAACCUGAAAAGCCUUUACUUCUUUGAUAUGCUCAAAUUUUAUGAAAAUUGGUUUUUGCCACGUGUGUUUGUUCACAUUCUAAGCGACUUCAUGGCUUCUCUGUUGUCUCUCGUGUAAAGUGUAUAGGAUGGGCUUGUGGCGUUAGCAUUUCAUCUGGUCAGUGGUUCCUUUGAGAUUGUACUGCUGCUGGGACUGGGCCGGAACCUGAGCCUUUGUGUGACUGGGUUCCUCUUUGGGGAGACCAUGGAGAAGAGGGUGUAGUGAUUUGUCCACAUGUUUUCUUAAACUGUUUGCAGAAACUUUCAAAAAGGCAUUUGGCUAAAGCUCCCGGCAGUACAGUAUUCUUGUAUUUGUUAACAUUUGUGUUUAGGUACUGGUACCUUUUUGUUUAAAAAUGUAAGUGUUGGCUUUAAAGUGAAUUUAUCUUUAGUAUGAUAGUUAUAUGAAAAUUAUAGGGUUUGUGUGCAGAGAAUUUUUUUAUAAAGUGCUUUGUAAAAAAAAAAUGUAUUCUAGCUUUCGCGGUACAUAUGUGUGAUAACUUUAAUAUCCAUGACAGUUAAGUGCAAUUAUUUCAUCACUCUAAAAAUGCUAUUUUUGUGUCAGUUCCUGCAGGUGUUUUCAUGUCUUUGCAAAGUGACACAUUUUGAUGCCUUCUUGAUAAAGUGGUAGACAUUUUGUAGCUUUCUAGAAACUUUGUAUCCAUACGGUAUCAAUGAAAAAUAAAGGAAAAUGAAAGUGUGGGUCAC